AUGGCGACUACGGCCGCCAGCGGGCCACCUACGACGCGCGUCGACGUCCCCUCAUGGAAUGGCGAGGCUGACAAGUUGACGAGCUACAGGUUUGAGGUCUCCAUGUUUACCAAGAGCAUCAAGACUGCGGAGCGCUACGUGUGCGGCCCGCAGCUGGUGCGCGCCCUCGGGGCGCGAGUCCGGACGACGGUGGAGAGCUGCCCGGACAUCGACACGGUCGACGAGAUCGACAAGGAUGGCGUUUUGAUUGGUUGGAACAAAGUGUUUCAGUACGUAUUGGAGAAGCUGGACUUCACCAGCCUGAACGACACGGGCCUACUCGCGGAGGAGUUCUUCUUGAAGGUCAGCCGGAACUCAGGCGAGACCUUCCAAGACUGGACCGCCAGAUUUGAGAAGAAGGAGCGUGAGCUGUUGGCGCAGCUUCAAGUCAUUGAUUCAAGCGUGACGGAAGUGAUUGCGAAGCCUCUUCGGACAUGGUGGUUCCUUCGGAAGUCCAAGCUAUCCCCUGUUCAACGUGGAGAGAUCACCGCCACGGCAGGUGGCGACCUCAACUUCGGCAAGACAUACAAGGCCUUGCUCACGCGUUUCCCGGCGGAGGCGCUGGCGGAGCUCGACGGCAAGCAGCACCGUAAGGCCUUCUAUGAGGACACGCACGUCGACGACGUUGAGGACGAGACUGGUGGAGAAGAUAUUGAUUACACAGAGGUUGUCGAGCAGCUGAUCACCCUCGCUGAAGAGGAUGAAGAUGAAGAGCCAGCUGACGACAACCCAGCGGACAACGAGGUGUUCGCAGAGUUCAAGCAGGUGGGCCGGAGCUUCAAGGACGCUCGCGACCUGAUCCGACGGCUUCGAGUAUCCCGCGACUACUACCCGGUCGUGUCGCUCAAGGACCCCGAUCGUGUGGCACCGCCUCCGAACUCGGGACGAGGUUUCCAGCGUGGCCGGGGCAAGAACGGUCGAGGCCGCGCUCGCUUCGACACGGGCAAGGGACGUGACAUGUCCAAGAUGAAGUGCAUCGCGUGCGGCGAAUAUGGUCACCGAGCGGCGGACUGCAACGAGAGGUUCAAGAAAGACAAUACGAGAGAUGGAGCUCGCGGGACUACUCACAACGGCUUCGUCCUGUCCGCCCUCGACGAGUACCUCUACCUCCUGGAGCGCGACGGCAUCUGGGCGAUCCUCGACAUCGGGGCCACGAAGAGCCUCGGCGGCCUCGAGAGCGUCGAGAACCUCAUGUACGAGAUGCUGGACCAGCACGGCCAGGAGUUCGAGACGACACAGGACGAGUGCUCAUUCACCUUCGGCGACGGCCUCCAGAAGAGCUCGAUGGGCACGGCGAAGGGGAACGUGUUCCUCGGCGGACACCUGACCGAGGUCAAGCUGUCGGUGAUGCCGAACCGCGUGCCGAUCCUCCUGGGCAUGGACAUUCUGACUGACUCGCUGAAGGUUGUGGUCGACUGCGGCCGGAACUGGAUCGGCCUUCCGACCAUGGGCAACAAGGUGUUCUUCUGCGAGCGCCUCUCGAGCAACCAUCUGGCCGUCAACCUGACGACGCCGCAGUGGUGGAAGGAGGUGCCGCUUUCCUUGCCGAGUGCCGGGUGCCUGACGUCCGAAGCGACGGCACCCGAUGUUCUGGUCGAGGAGCUGCCCGAGGAGGCCGCUCCCGACGGAAACCUCGGCGGCGCGGACACCUACCAGAGCGACGGAAACUGCGACACGGAGCGGAUCGGCUCGAGCGACGGAAACCUCGAUUUCGUUCGGACGGACGGUCAGGGGAUAGACAACUUCGGCUCCAGCGACCCCGACGCCAGCAUCAGCAACAACACCAGCUAUUCCGGCUCCACCAGCGAAGUGGUACAACACCGCAGGGAAGGGCGGCUGCUGCGGAGCUCGGGGGAAGACCAAACGCAGGUGCAGCUGCUUCGGGGGCAAGAGCCACCAGUGCCUCAGGACCCCACAGCAGGGAGCACCCGGGACACCAGGAGCGGCAUCAACAAUGACAGCCAGCAGCGCCCCACCGAGCCCAGCGGGGGCUCAGCCAGUGACGAGACCUCCGAAGCCCGCGUGCUCUUGCUGCGGGACCCUCGGGAAGAAGAUUCGGGGGUGCAGCUGCCGCGGAGGCAAGAGCCACACGUGUACGAAGGCGACGGAGGUGACCAUCCGGGAGCAGGCAGUGGCUCUACGCUGGCGGCGCCUGUCCUACAAGCUGAACUCCCCGGAGGUGCAGGGGGGCUGGAAGUUCACUCCGGAAAUGCUCGACGACUCGGAACUGCCGGAGAUGGACUCGAAGAGGAAACGCUGAAGCAUCUCGACGACCAGGAUCUCAAGAUGUUCUACGAGAGCCACGACAAGGUCCUGGACGAGAUCUACCAGACCAUCGCCGAGGACCUGACGGAGCUCGGCAGGCCCUACCGCAUCGACCUGAUGGAGGUGUGCUGUCCGGAGGACUCGAGCCUCAGCAAGGCCGUGCAGAAUCAGGGAGGCAAAGUGUUCAGGUGCGGCCUCUUCAAUGGGAUCGACAUGGGAACGGCAACCGGGCUUCGACGCGCACUUCACCUUCUCCGACGACUCCGACCGCGCCGCUUGGUUCUCAGCCCGCCAUGUACAGCAGACUGCCCGAUCCAGAAUCUCAACCAGAAGACAGCUCAGCAGAAGGCCACGUAUCUGGCGAAGGUGCGCAAGGCCCGACGGAUCCAGCGGAACUGCAAGAGCCUCUGGGAAGACUCGAAGAAGAUUCACGACUGCCACACCGAGCUCGAACAGCCAGCUGCCAGCCGAAGCUGGACCAGGUCGCCCUCGAUCAAGGCGAUGCGCGACCAGAUGCACGAGGGCGACAACCACACACACCGCCCCAUCGAGGACGGACAGGUGGUGGCCCAGACGGCCUUUUACCCACCAGCACUGUGUAAGGCCUGGGCAAAGCAUAUCCUGAAGACGAACACCAGCGCGAGGUACGGCAAGGAGAUCUUCACCAGCUUGGAACAGAUCCCAGAAGACGCUGAAGAGGAGAUGGAGGAGACCCUCGACGAGGACCUCUUGCAGGAUAACCCCGAGGCCAUGGACGACGAGUCGGUCAUGAAGGGCCUGGGCAUCUCCGAGACACCGACCAAGAAGGAGGAGCUGGAGAUAGAGCAACGGCUGACGCGGCUCCACCGCAACCUCGGCCACCCGAGCAACAAGACGCUGUACAAGAUCCUCAAGGCAUCGGGAGCACCUCUACAGGCCCUCCGAGCAGCUCUUCGUCUCCAGUGUCACGCAUGCCAUGCGGGACAACUACCAAAAGCCGCCAGGGUCGCCUCGGGCAUCGAGUUGCCAGGCGCCCUAGAGGCGCUGGCCUCCGACGGGCUCGAGUGGCUCUCGCCGAAGCAAGACUCUUUCCUGAUGACGUUGAAUAUCGAUGAGGGAUCCGGGCUCACCAGUGUCACCUAUCAUGGACAGAAGGGAGAGCGCAAUGGUAACAGAUCGACUCAGGAGGUGAUUUCAACAUGGAAUGACUGGUGCGGGCAUUACCGCCGCCCCAGCCUUCUCCGUUUAGACCCCGAAGGCUGUCAUCGGUCACAAGCAGUGGCCAGGUGGUGUUCGGACCGCGGCAUCGAGCUGUGGAUUGCCCCGGGCGAGGCCCACUGGCUGAUGGGCAAGGUCGAGAGGCGCAUCCAGCUGUUCAAGCGAUUGAUGACGAAGCUGGCAACGCUGGACCCCGACUGCCCGGUCGAGGAGUUGGUGUCCUGGGCCGUGAGCGCGAUCAACACCAUGGACAAGGUCGGCAACCACUCCCCGUUCGAGCACGUGAUGGGCGUCUCUGGGAUGCCGGCCUCGAGCAACCCGUUCGCCAUCAUUGACGGGGACACCGGGGAGACUCAGGAGCAGAGGCGCCUCCUCGCGCGCAAAAGCUUCCUGGAAGUAGAGUAUGCUGAGCGUCGGCGACACGCCGAACAGGCCCGCAACCGGAUCUAUCAGACCUGGAAUCCGGGGGACCUCGUCUACUUCUGGCGCAAAGGGAAAGGCCUUGACCCUCGCCCUGGGAAGAAGGGCGGAUGGCACGGCCCUGCUCGUGUCCUUGCUCAGGAGAAACGACACGUGGACGGGCGCACCCGUCCGACCUCGGUCAUCUGGAUCUCCCACGGGAGCGUGCUCAUCAGGUGCGCCCCGGAGCAGCUGCGCGUCGCCUCGGAGGCAGAGAAGAUGAUCGUCGAAUUGCAGCGGCAGAGCAACCUUGGCAAGACCAUGGCGGAGAUCUUGGAGACAGCCAAGGGCGGUACCUAUGAAGACCUUCUCGGACAAAAUCCUCCAGACCUCCGAGAAUACGAGCAUCCACCGCAGCCGACGAUGGCGAUCCCCGCGACCGAGGGCCAGACUCUCGAGAACAACAGCGAGGCGGGCGAGUCGAGACCUCGGUGGCGCAUGUCACACCGCGGACCAGAGCUCGAUCUGUACGUACCGCCGGAGAAGCGACAGAAAGGUGCAGACGAGGAGAUGGCCGACGCGCUGUUCGACAGCAACCACCUGGUCGACCUCUUCAAGGACAAGCUGGACAUCACCCUCGGCACCGACGAACAGCAGACCGUCUACUUUGAGUACUUGCAGGACGAGAACCCCACUCCAGACGGACGCCGAGGUUUGAUGAACCACAUCCUGGACAGCUUCGUCGUCAACCAGCGCCGGAAGGACAAGGUGGAGCUGACCUGGUCCAAGAUGAACGCCACCGAGCGUGAGGAGUUCGAGGCAGCCAUCGCCAAGGAGACGAACAACUGGGUCCAGCAUCAGGGACUCCGCGCUGUCCCGACAUCUCGGGUAAAGGACGCGGCGGACGUCAUCCGGGCAAGGUGGCUCUUCACCCGCAAGUCCGAUGGGAAGGCGAAGGCCCGGCUCGUCCUCCUCGGCUACCAGACGAAGGACCUAGGACAGGAGCCGACAGCCAGCCCCACCGCGUCUCGGCGCGCCCGUCACGUGAUGCUAACAGUGGCCGCCGCGAACCGCUGGAAGCUCAUCAAGGGCGACGUCACCUCCGCCUUUCUGCAGGCCCACGACCUCGACAAGGACCUCUUCAUCGAGCCAGAUGCCGUCCUCAGAAAGGCCUUCCACGUGCAGGAAGGGGAAAUCCUCCAGGUCGUGAAGCCUGGAUAUGGGAUCGGCGAGGCGCCCCGGCACUGGUGGGAGACGGUCAAGCACGACUUUGCGAAACUUCGACUCCAAGCCUGCGAGUUGGAGCCCUGUCUCUGGAAAGCACGAUGUUCCCGGACGGGUAUGCUCAUCGGUAUGACCAUGGCCCACGUCGACGACUUCAUCAUGGCAGGGGAUACCUCCCACCCUGAGUGGCAGGACAUGGUCAAGCAGAUCCGAGGGCUCUACAAGUGGGGCACCUGGGAGGACAUGAAUGACGGGCUCACCUCUCUCGAACAGCGCGGCGUCACCAUCGAGGAGAGCGAGCAGGGCUUCUUCCUACACCAGAAGUCGUACAUCGACAAGAUCAAAGAGGUCAAGGCGGCCAGCGGCAGUAAGCAUCGGACCACCGACAGCCUCAAGGACUCUGACAAGACGGUGCUCAGGGCGUUCUGCGGCGAGAUCUACUGGCUUGGCGUGAAUACCAUGCCAUUUCUCUUAUUGUGGGUAGCCGACCUCCAGAUGAAGAUACCAGCAGGUACUCACAACCUCUUCACGGCUGCUAACAACAUCGUCAAGCUCGUCAAGCAGAGCCGCCACAUGGGGAUCAGGAUCUACCGGCACGCCCUGGACGACCUCGCCAUCUUCACCUGGUGCGACGCAGCCUGGGCCAGCCGCCCGGACGGACACUCUCAGGGUGGUCAUAUCACCGCUAUAUCCUCCAAGGCGGCCAUGGACGGGAAGCUCUCCGAGUUCACGGUCCUCGACUGGGGCUCCAAGAAGCUGCGCCGCGUGGCUCGGUCAAGCCUGGCGGCGGAGGUGCAGGAAGCCGGCGACGCCGAAGGCGAACAGAGCAUG